AUGCGUGUAUAUAUUCUGUUAGCUGCUUUUUUACUAGGAGUAUUUUGCUCCCCAGUUCCUCAAAACUCCGAUGAUCUCUACACAUAUAAAUUAUGCACUGGAAAUAUUAAAAAUCUGUGGUUAGACGUAAUGGUAGUUGUAGACAAAUCUCAAUUGAUGACAAAUGCUCAGCUGUGGCAGGUCCGAAACACACUAACUCAAGUUCUGGGGUCAAUUUCUACAAUCGGUCCAGUGAAAUAUCCAGCAGAUCCGCGUAGUACUUGUGUUGGUGUCGUCACUUACGAUGACAAUGCUACAACCCAAUCUCAGUUAGAUGCUUCGACAUCUUUCAGUGAUCUUUACAAUGUUAUUCAAAGUUCAAUGGUUGCCGUAGACAGCACGAACAAUUCCUACUUAAGCUUAGGACUUCUUGCUGCUGAAAAGGCGUUCAAAGAUGGAAGAAGUCGCUCAUACCGAUAUAACUACAGAAAAGUGGUUAUUGCUUUUGUGGCUGAUUAUCAAGGACAAGGGACUGCUUUAGAUGCUAUGCCAAUUGCAAACCGUCUGAAGGACAACACUGUCUCCAUUAUUACGGUUGCUUGUACUAGUGAUCCAGUCAAACAAGCUGCUAUCGCAGCUAUCGCCAGUACUGGAUUGAGUUUGAUUGACGAAAUGGAUACUCCAAAAUUGGUCAAACAGUUGACAAAUGCACUCGUUUCUGUAAACUGCUUCUGUCCAAAAGACUGGGCUCAGUUUCGAACGGAUAUCAAUAACGCAACUUCCCCAGCGUACGCAGUUUGUAUCGCAGGAUUCAAGGCAACUGGAGGCAGUUACGGAUAUAAACAUGCCAUUGAAUAUUGUGCAGAUGAAGAAAAAAGUGCACAUUUAGCAAAUGAAUUCAGUAAAGAGAAGCAUGAUUUUGAUAACAAGUACAUGGAAACGACAUUCACUUGGGAGUUUUCUACUAUCGUAUACUAUAUUGGGUUGAAUUAUUACAAACAGUGGAUAUGGGAAACACCAGCUGGACAAUCUGAUCUUCCAUUUAACCCAAGUGUAUAUUCGAAAUGGGCGCCUGGAUGGCCACAAGCCAACUCGACGGAUCAAGUGAUAUCCAAUCAGAAAUGGAUUGGUGAUACUUCUGGAGAAUUCUUCUGGGCACCUCCACAAACGAAUGAUUGGUUGUUCCUUUGCCAAGUUGAGUCAAGUAGUACAGAACAUUAUACGGACUUUAAUCAGUUUUAG